AAGACACGGAAGGGUAUUCACAUGAUAUUUUCAAUUUGUUUCAAGAGAUCAUCGGUGAGUCUCGCACAAAUCAAGCGAACCAAGAGGUCAUCAAGUGUUAUUACAAUUUUUGGGAGGCUCUAUCGAAGAGUAUUGCACAUGAUGAAAAAUCUUAUCAACCGCGUGCUGCGGCUCGGAUUUUAGUUUAUAAUGAGUUACGUCAUAAACUUCCGAACUUUACCGAAGCAGAAUUUAAUAUUUCGAUGCUAAGUUGGGACGAGAUUGAGAAUACGAUUGAGAAACAUGUGGAGAAUAGGAGUGAUAAUGACAACAUAAUCACGUUUGAGGAGAUUGCGUGCCAUGCUCACAUGUCACAUAGUUCUAAAU